AUGUCCGCCUCCGAAACGGCGUCGGCGCCGUUCAACGGCUAUUCCGUCGGCCGAGUUCCUGGCACGGCCGACUCUAAUGAAGAGAAGCGGAACUUGCCAACGGGUGACGACGAGUCCACAAACAACGACUCCAACCAGGAGGAACCGUCCGCCGAGGCCGCGGCCGCAGUUGCCGCAGGCACCACGGGCGUUGAGCCUCCAAUAGAGGUGCCGACAGAGGCGCCAGCCGAGGAAUUCAAGGAGGGCGGCUACGGCUGGGUCGUCGUGCUGGCGGUGUUCUUGCUCAACGCACACACGUGGGGCGUCAACUCGGCGUAUGCCGUCUUUCUGGCCUACUACCUCAACAACGACGCCUUCCCCGGCGCGAGCGCCAUCGAAUAUGCCUUUGUCGGCGGCCUGUCCAUCUCCAUUGCCCUGCUUGUCUCGCCGCUGUCCACGGUGUGUGUGGGCCGUUUCGGCACCCGCGCAACCCUGUUGGUCGGCAUUUUUUUCGAGACGCUGGCCUUUAUCGGCGCCUCGUUUACGCGCAAGAUCUGGCAUCUGAUGCUGUCGCAAGGCAUCGCCUUCGGCAUCGGCAUGGGCUUCAUCUUUGUCGCCUCCGUCGGCAUCGUCCCCCAGUGGUUCACCAAGCGCCGCUCGUUUGCCAAUGCCCUGGGCACCGCCGGCUCCGGCUUCGGCGGCCUCACCUAUUCCCUCGCCACCAACGCCAUGAUCCGCAACAUCAGCCUCGCCUGGGCCUUCCGCAUCCUCGCCAUUGUGUCCUUUGCCGCCAACUUGGUCUCCACCAUCCUCGUCCGCGACCGCAACAAGGUCGUCGGCUCCAUCCAUGUGGGCUUCCGCCUGAGCCUGCUGAAGCGUGUCGAAUACGUCCUGCUCGUCACCUGGGCCUUCUUUUGCAUUCUCGGCUACAUCAUCGUCAUCUUCUCGCUGCCCGCGUACACCCAGGCCGUCGGCGGCACCGCCUACCAGGGCUCCAUUGUCGCCGCCAUGUUCAACCUGUCGCAGGGUCUCGGCCGUCCCUUGAUUGGCUUCUUGAGUGACCCCGUCGGCCGCCUCAAUGUCAUGGGCCUCGGCACACUAACCGCCUCGGUCAGCGCCCUCUUCAUCUGGAUCUUUGCUGGCAAGUACUAUGCUGGCGCCAUCAUCUACGCGCUGCUCGGCGCCUUUUCCGGCCUGCUGUGGGCCACCGUCGCCCCCGUCACCGCCGAGAUCGUCGGUAUUCCCCUGCUGCCGGCCGCCCUGUCCGUCCUGUGGAUUAUCCUGGUGCCGCCCGCCACCUGCGCCGAGGCCAUUGGUCUGAGCUUGCGCACCGACUCCGGCAGCGACUCCUACCUGCACGUCCAGCUGUUUGCCGGCUUCUGCUUCCUCGCCGCCUUCAUCGCCGGCUGGCUGCUGCGCGCCUGGAAGCUGCACCAGCUCGAAGACGCUACCAACGAGCAGAGCGGCGCACCGCGCGAAUCAUUCUACCGCUACCUCCUCAGGUUCGCGUGGGUCUUCAAGGUACAGCGUGUGUAG